AAGUCCCCGUACAGCAAUACACCAAUUGGUGGUCUGCCAUAUAACUUUCAAGAACAAGGAAGCUUUCUAAACAAGCGACGAUAAGCCUGCUGUUAAUCGACAAAUUGGCCCGAUAUGACUGCUAUCAGACCAUUCGAGAUGGAGCGUCCAAGACACCGUCCGUUUCUGAUUGGUGUUAGCGGAGGAACUGCCAGUGGCAAGUCUACCGUAUGUGCCAAAAUCAUGGAGUUACUGGGCCAGAACAAGGUGGACCAUCAUCAGAGGAAAGUUGCUAUCGUCAGCCAAGACAGUUUCUACAGAGUCUUGACACUUGACCAGAAGGCCAAGGCACUCAAGGGCCAGUACAACUUUGACCACCCAGACGCUUUUGACAACGAGUUGAUGUACCAAACCCUGAAGGAUAUUGUGGAGGGGAGUGUGGUGGAGGUGCCGACAUAUGACUUUGUCACGCAUUCCAGGCUGCAGGACAGGAUCAUGGUGUACCCGGCUGAUGUGGUUCUGUUUGAGGGCAUUCUGGUAUUCUACUCUCAGGAAGUGAGGGACAUGUUUCACAUGAAGCUCUUUGUGGACACUGACUCUGAUGUCAGGCUUUCCCACAGAGUUCUGCGGGACAUGAAGAGGGACAGAGACCUGGAGCAGAUCCUUAACCAGUACACUACGUUUGUCAAGCCAGCCUUCGAGGAGUUCUGUUUACCUACCAAGAAAUAUGCAGAUGUAAUUAUUCCUAGAGGAGUUGACAACAUGGUGGCCAUCAACCUCAUCGUGCAGCACAUCCAAGACAUCCUGAAUGGGGACCUCUGUAAGUGGCAGCAUGGAGGAGUGGUGAACGGGCACAGCCGUGGCUUCAAGCGGGCCUUCUCGGAGCAGGGGGACCUGGACAACGCCACAUCCAACCUUCCCCUAGGGAAGAGGGUCCUACUGGAACCGAGCAGUCGCCCCCACUGAGUCAGUGUGUUUACGCUGACUGACAGUCUACUUCUAUAUACACUUUCCUAAUAUUGAGUUGCACCCCCUUUUGCCAUCAGAACAGCCUCAAUUCGUUAGAGCAUGGACUCUACAAGGUGUUGUAUGCAUUCCACAGGGAUGCUGGCCCAUGUUGACUCCAAUGCUUCCCACAGUUGUGCCAAGUUGGCUGGAUGUCCUUUGGGUGGUGGACCAUUCUUGACACACACGGGGAACUGUUGAGCUUGAAAAACCCAGCAGCAUGGCAGUUCUUGACACACUUAAACCAGUGAGGCCGGCACCUACUACCAUACCCCGUUCAGAGGCACUUAAAUAUUUUGUCUUGCCCAUUCACCCUCUGAAUGGCACACAAACAAUCUGCCUCAAGGCUUAAAUCCUUCUUUAACCUGUCUUCUCCCCUUCAUCACACUGAUUGAAGUGGAUUUAAUAAUAGAUCAUAGUAUUCACCUGGUCAGUGUAAUUUAAAGAGCAGGUGUUCCUAAUGUUUUGUUCACUCAGUGUAUAUACAGAAAGUAUUCACACCCCUUGAUUUAUUCCACAUGUUAGCCUGAAUUCAAAAUGUAUUCAAUUCUACACACAACACCCCAAAAAGACAAAGUGAAAACAUGUUUAGACAUCUUUACAAGUGUAUUGAAAAUGAAAUACAGAAAUCUCAUUUACAUAAGUAUUAAUUUUCAAGUCUUGCCAUAGAUUUAAGCAUUUUAAGUAAAAUAUAACUAGGCUACUCAGGAACAUUCAAUAUCAUUUUGGUAAGCAACUCUAGUGAAUAUUUAGCCGUUUAAAGUUAUUGUCCUGCUGAAAGGUGAAUUUGUCUCCCAGUAUCUGUUGGAAAGCAGACUAAAACAGGUUUUCCUCUAGGAUUUUGUCUCUGCUUAGCUCUAUUCAGUUUUUAUUUUGUCCUAAAAAAAAUCCCCAGUCCUUGCCAAUGACAAGCAUACCCAUAACAUAAUUCAGCCAUAAUAUGCUUGAAAAUAUACUGAACAAAAAUAUAAACAUGCAACAAUUUUAAAGAUGACGGAUUUACAGUUCAUAUAAGGAAAUCAGUCACUUGAAAUAAAUUCAUUAGGCCCUCAUCUAUGGAUUUCACAACUGGGAAUACAGAUAUGCAUCUGUUGGUCAUAGAUACCUAAAAAAAAGUAGCGGUGUAGAUCAGAAAACCAGUCAGUGUCAGGUGUCACCAUUUGCCUCAUGCAGCGUGACACAUCUCCUUUGAAUAGAGUUGGCCAUUGAUUGUGGCCUAUGGAAUUUUGUGCCACUCCUCAAUGGCUGUGCGGUGGCAGGAACACGUUGUCGUACACUUCGAUCCAGAGCAUCUGAAACGUGCUCAAUGGGUGACAUGUCUGGUGAGUAUGCAGGCCAUGGAAGAACUGGGACAUUUUCAGCUUCCAGGAAUUAUGUACAGAUCCUUGCAACAUAGGGCCAUGUAUUAUCAUGCUGAAAUGUGAUGGCGGCGGAUGAAUGGCACGACAACGGGCCUCAGGAUCUCAUCACGGUAUCUCUGCAUUCAAAUUGCCAUCGAUAAAAUGCAAUUGUGUUUGUUGUCUGUAAGUUAUGCCUGCCCAUUCGAUAACCCCACUGCCACCAUGGGGCACUCUGCUCACAACGUUGACGUCAGGAAACCACUCCUUUAUGGUAGAAGUAUGAACAUUAAAUUCCCUGGCAACAGUUCUGUUGGACAUUCCUGCAGUCAGCAUGGCAAUUGCACUCUCCCUCAACUUGAGAAAUCUGUGGAAUUGUUUUGUUACCAAACCACAUUUUAGAGUGGCCUUUUAUUAUCCCCAGCACAAGGUGCACCUGUGUAAUGAUCAUGCCGUUUAAUAAGCUUCUUGACAUGCAACACCUGACAGGUGGAUGGAUUAUCUUGGCAAAGGAGAAGUGUUUACUGAAAGUGAUUUAAACAAAUUUGUGCACCACAUUGAGAUCUUAUUUCAGCUCAUGAAACAUGGGACCAACACUUUACAUGUUGCGUUUGUUUUUGUUCAGUGUAUGAAUAGUGGUACCGAGUGAUGUGCUGUGUUGGAUUUACCCCAAACAUGAUGUUUUGUAUUCAAGACCAAGUUAAUUUGCUUGCCGCAGUUUUACUUUAGCGCCUGACUGCAAACAGGAGUGUUUUUGGAAUAUUUUUAUUCUACACAGGCUUCCUUUUCACUCUUUCCACUCUCAUUUAGGUUAGUAUUGUGAAGUAACUGCCAUUAAACUAACUGUUUUAAAGUCACCAGCCAAUGGGUGUGAAAGCAGAACUGAGGAUGGAUCAACAUUAGUUACUUCACAAUACUAACUGGGUGAAAUCCCUGAGUGGUUUCCUUCCUCUCUGCCUACUUAGUUAGCAAGGACGCCUGUAUCUUUGUGGUGACUGUAUUGGUACACCAUCCAGUGUAAUUAAUAACUUCACUAUGCUCAAAAUGACAUUUAAUGUCUGCAUUUAAAACGUUACCCAUCUACCAUUAGGUGCCCUCCUUUGCAAGGCAUUGGAAAACAUCCUUGGUCUGUGGUAAUUGUAUGUGUGGGGUACAGAGAGGUAGGCAUUAAAAAAAAUCAUGCUAGACACUUAUUGCACACAAUGAAUCCAUGCAACAUAUGUGACUUAAGUACAUUUUUAAUCCCGAACUUAUUUAGGGUUGCCAUAACAAAAGGGAUGAAUACUUGGAUUGAACAGGUGACAUAACUUUGACAUUAUGGGGUAUUGUAUUGUAUUUAGGCUGUGACAGGUGACAUAACUUUGACAUUAUGGGGUAUUUUAUUUAGGCUGUAACACAGGGGUGUCACUCAUUCCAUGGAGGGCCUAGUGUCUGCUGUUUUUUUGUUUCUCCUUUCAGGUAAGACAACCAGGUGAGGGGAGUUCCUUACUAAUCAGUGAUCUUAUUUCAUCAAUCAAGUACAAGGGAGGAGCAAAACCCCGCAGACACUCAGCCCUCCGUGGAAUGAGUUUGAUACGUGCUUUAACAAAAUGUGGAAAAAGUCAAGGGGUGUGAAUACUUUCUGAAGGCACUGUGUGUAUAUUUAUGUAUGUGUGUGAAUAUGUAUAUAUUAUGUGUGUGUAUAUAUAUAUAUAUAUAUAGUGUGUUGGAUUAUAGCAUUGAUGCUUUUACUGACAUGGUCUGGGAGAGAGAUGGGGAGACUAGCCUGCCCUUAACUCACCCUUGUCACCUGCAGACUACAGAGCAUCCAGUCAGAUAGGGAAGUCUGGAGGAAAAUGAGUCUGACACAUCAGUAAUGAUUCAUUAGUAUAUUACUGAAAUAGAUACCAUUGAAACAGAGCAACCACAGGUACAUAAUACAACUCUUCCACUUUUUAAUCACUCUGCCUUCUAUGUGACUUUUUACCCUGCGGUGGCUUGACUACCUCUGUGGCUGAAAUAGGAGUGAGGGUGAGAUGAAGGAAGGAAAGCUGUCCUUAUAAUGUUAGUUUCAAGUUCAUGUCUGUUUUGAUUUUGGCUUUGCACAUUGUGUUUUACCUGUUGGGCUUUCACAGCCAACAACUAGUAAUGCAGUAGACUUCAUGUACUACCAUGAUUCACUGUCUUUGUUUCAUACUGAACAAAUAUAUAAAUGCAACAUGUAUCAAGAUGCUUGAUACAUAAUAUAUUAUCAUCUCAUUUCUACAUGUAUCGAAUAUUAUAGACAAAUGAAGGAUUUCAUACAAUAUGUAUCACAUUUUAAGCAUUCUUUAGACUUUGCUUCAUGAACUGUAUAUUUGUUGGAUCAUUCCUCAAUGCCAAGGUAAAUUCAUGCCUUAACUUGCCUUUAUUUUGUAAAGCAUUUUCCAAUGACCAUGAUAUUUAAGAAAUAUUAAAUAUAUUACGUUCACUAUCA